AUGGAAUUUGGUCAAUUUUAUUAAGUAGGAAGGAUUGGAAGCUUCUUAUUAUUACUUUUGAGUUUCUUCUAAGAGUUUUUUCGAAUAAGUAAAUGAUAUGAGUUAAUAAUAAGGAUAGCUUUAGUUUUCAUUUUCCACUACCAAUUUUAAAAACAAAAGAUGGUUUAAAUUUUGA